CCGCUCCCCUGCUGCGGCUCCGUGCCCCGCGGGCACCGCAAGGAGCUGGAGGAGCUCAGCAGCGCCAGCGUGGAGCACCUCAUCGUCAACCCCAACGCCGCCUACGACAAGUUCAAGGACAAGCGCGUGGGCACCAAGGGCCUGGAUUUCUCCGACCGCAUCGGGAAGAGCAAGCGGACGGGCUAUGAGUCCGGCGAGUACGAGAUGCUCGGCGAGGGCGCGGGCGCGCGGGAGACGCCGCAGCAGCGCUACCAGCGGCUGCUGCACGAGGUGCAGGAGCUGGCGGGCGACGUGGAGCGCAUGCAGAGCGCGGUGCAGGAGGCGGCGGCCGAGGAGCAGCUG